CCGGCGUGGAGAAGGGAUGGCGGACGCUGUGUAGACCCCAGAGAGCGUCCGAGCCUUGUAGCCUGCGCUCCGCUCAGCCCCGCCGCGGCGCUGCCGGGACUUCAUUUCCCAGGGAACUUUGCGGCGGCCGCACACGCCCACUUCCGGCCGCGGCCCGCGGCCCGGGUUGGUGGGGCCCGGCCGGGUCGGGGUCUCGGCGGCCGAGCUCUGCCUUCCAGGGGCCCUGCGCUUCUCCAGGACCGGAGGCCGAAGCAGGAGGCCGCGGGGACAGGACCCGAGCUGAAAGCCGUGUCUCGGAGCCUGGUGACGUUCGGGGACGUGGCCGUGGAUUUCUCCCAGGAGGAGUGGCGGUGGCUGAGCUGCGCGCAGCGGAGCCUGUACCGGAGCGUGAUGUUGGAGAACUACAGGAACCUGGUCUCGCUGGGACUCUGCGCUUCCAAGCCCGACGUGAUCUCCUCGUUGGAACAGAGGAAGGAGCCCUGGGUGGUGAAGAGAAGGUUGACAAGGGGCCGGGGCCCAGAUGCGAGGGCCUGGCCGGAGACCCAGGAGCCACCCGCCCAGAAGGACGUCGGUGAGGAAAGGCUCUCGCCGGCGGUGAUCCUUGAGAGGCGCGCACACUGCGGUCGGGAGUGCUCCCUGCUAGGGGAAGACGAGGAUUGUGCUGCUCUGUUUGACCGGCCGCCGGGCUUGGUGGCCAUCACGAGCGUGGCCAUGGACCUCGCCCCGCGGCCGGACCCCGCUCAGAAGAGUUUCCGUAAGAAUGUGAUGUGGGAGAAGCGGGGUGACCUGGGGUCAGUGGGGCCCUGUGUUUCCCAGGCUGACCUGGUCUCCCUGCUGGAGCGAGGGACGGAGCCCUGGAUGGUGGCCGGGGAGCUGGCGGAGGGCCCGCGGCCAGCGCCCUGUGCGCGGUCUUCCGCGACCACAUGGCCCACUCAUUUCGUGCGCGUCCGCUCCUGGAAGACCCACGGACUGAGUGUUUUGAGGCAGCCAUCCUGCUUGGCGUCGGAAGGUGGUCGGAGAGAGAGGGAAUUCACAGGCCAGCAAUCUGUACAGGAGACCCAGGAAUUAUUUCCAAAGCGGGACCCAUUUGCUGCAGUAACAGACAGAACUUCAGACACUAAUUUGGAGUGUUCCGCUUUCAGAGAAAGUUGGGGUUCUGAGGGUGUGUUUGAAAGGAAGCUGGUAGGUCCGGAGACACAAUUCAGGCAAGAGACAAUCGCUCCUAAUAAAACCCUCUCGAAGGAAAGAGAGCGUGCUUUUAACAGAUCUGCAAGGUGGUUUCAUUUGGACAUUUCAGAAGAGAGAGUCCAUAAUCAUGAUUCAGUUAAGAAAAAUUUCCCCCCAAAUUCAGUGGUAAUAAAACAUACAGGAAUUUAUGCAGGAAAAAAACUUUUCAAAUGUAAUGAAUGUAAGAAAACUUUUACCCAGAGCUCCUCCCUUACUGUUCAUCAGAGAAUUCAUACUGGAGAGAAACCCUACAAGUGUAAGGAAUGUGGGAAAGCCUUCAGUGACGGCUCGUCCUUUGCCCGGCAUCAGAGGUGUCACACUGGCAAGAAGCCUUAUGAAUGUAUUGAGUGUGGGAAAGCCUUCAUCCAGAACACGUCCCUUAUUCGUCACUGGAGGUAUUACCACACUGGGGAGAAGCCCUUUGACUGCAUCGACUGUGGGAAAGCCUUUAGUGAUCACAUAGGACUUAACCAACAUAGAAGAAUUCACACUGGAGAGAAGCCCUACAAAUGUGAUGUGUGUGACAAAUCCUUCAGGUACGGCUCCUCUCUUACUGUGCAUCAGAGGAUUCAUACUGGGGAAAAGCCAUACGAAUGUGACGUUUGCAGAAAAGCCUUCAGCCAUCAUGCAUCACUCACUCAACAUCAAAGAGUGCAUUCUGGAGAAAAGCCUUUUAAAUGUAAGGAAUGUGGGAAAGCUUUCAGGCAGAAUAUUCAUCUCGCUAGCCAUUUGAGGAUCCAUACUGGAGAGAAGCCCUUCGAAUGUGGGGAAUGUGGUAAAUCCUUCAGCAUCAGUUCGCAGCUGGCUACUCAUCAGAGAAUUCAUACUGGAGAGAAGCCCUAUGAAUGUAAAGUUUGUAGUAAGGCAUUCACCCAGAAGGCUCACCUUGCCCAGCAUCAGAAAACUCAUACGGGAGAGAAACCAUAUGAGUGUAAGGAAUGCGGUAAAGCCUUCAGCCAGACCACACAUCUCAUUCAACACCAGAGGGUUCAUACUGGAGAGAAGCCCUACAAGUGUAUCGAAUGUGGGAAGGCCUUUGGUGAUAACUCUUCGUGUACUCAACAUCAGCGGCUUCACACUGGCCAGAGACCUUACGAAUGUAUUGAAUGUGGGAAGGCCUUCAAAACAAAGUCAUCCCUUAUUUGUCAUCGCAGAAGCCACACUGGGGAAAAACCUUACGAAUGUAGUGCCUGUGGGAAAGCCUUCAGCCAUCGCCAGUCCCUUAGUGUCCAUCAGAGAAUUCACUCUGGAAAGAAACCAUAUGAAUGCAAAGAAUGUAGGAAAACCUUCAUCCAAAUCGGACACCUUAAUCAACAUAAAAGAGUCCACACUGGAGAGAGAGCCUAUAACUAUAAGAAAAGCAGGAAAGUCUUCAGGCAGAGCGCGCACCUCGCUCACCCGAGAACUCCCGGUGGAGAGGCAGGAGCACGGCCCCCCUUGCCUCCCACGUCGAGCCCCGUGGAUCUGCUCCCCAGAUUCCUCUGGGGUCCGUCCUCACUCCCGUCGCCCUAGUCUCAGUACUGUGUCAGCGGGACUGGUUCAGUAGUUCAGACACGGGCCCCUCUGUCUGUCUGUCAGUUUGUUGUCUUUUAUGAGUUUGUUCUCCACAUUGCAGUCAGGUUGAUUUUCUUUUUAAGUGUAAAUACGAAUCACUCACUUCUCAUGUAAAAACUUGGGUUGGGAUCCUUGAAAUUGGUUAAUACAUAAGAUGUGUUUAGCACAGUGCCUGAUUAUAAAUAAAAUAAAUGAAUAAAAAGCGCACAGAAGGAGGCCAGGAGAGCCCAGAGUAGGUCAGGAACCGGAGCUUCAAGGUGGUCCAUGAGGUUCCACCAGUGGUGGUUUAAAACUUGAGUCCAUAACGCGGAGUUACAAUUGUGGCUUCCCAGGUCAUCUGCGUAAAUGUAAGGUGAUGCGACUAUGCGUGAGGAAAACUCAGCUUCACUGUUGACCCAAGAGCAGUUGUAGGAAGCGUGGAGAACAUGGAUCAGUGGUCCCCUGGGAACAAAAGAGCUGAAACAUCAGGAAAAGAAUGCAAGACUUAUAUGCACAAAGUUAACACUGUUGACAUGGUGCUCUGCCUUAGAAAAUUAGGAAAGAUUUGAUCUGUUUAAAAUCACCCGGGCUUACAAAUGAUCUCUAUUAAACUUUUGUUUUUUAUUGUUUA